GCGCCUGCGCUGCAGUGGUCGGGCAACGCUCGCGGACCUGUUGGCGAUGCGGCGCCGAUCCUGGGCGGAGUCGAUGCUUCCCCUGGGCCGGUCUCCUGCUUUUACCCCCGCUCGCAUCGGCGCCUCAUGCCCAAGAAGAGGACGGACCGCAUCAAGAAUUACAACCUGAAGAUCGUGGAG